AUGCCAUAUCAUAACAUAGAUGCUGCAUUUCGGUCACCCAAGUUGAAUGAAUGUUACAUUUUCGUGAAAGAAAAGUUUAUAGUUUUGAAUUAUGCUCCUGGAGAGACAAAAAAAGACGUUAUUGAAGCGCCGAGUCUUAUUUCUAAAGGAUCAAUGAUCGCUCAAAUACCUUUUGCAAAUGUAAUAGAUUGUGCCUUUAACGCUGAAGCAAAUGAUGGAUACAUUUUUUCUGGAAAUCAAUGUGCCAAAAUGAAGGUAGCAGCACAUUCAUCUGAGUGCAGUUUACUUACUGCAGGUAAUAUUCCAAUCCCUGUCAUGUUUCCUUAUCUGAAGGAUACACCGCUUAUAAAUGGAAUAGAUGCUGCAAUAAGAUCUACUGAGAAACAUGUUUUCUUAUUCAAAGGAGCUGAAUAUUACGUUAUAGACUUUCACUCUGAGGAUAUUAUAUCUCAUGACUCUAUUGGAAAUGGUUUUCGUAGUUUGGUUGGUACGGUAUUUGAGUAUGGAAUUGAUGCUGCUUUUUCUUCUCACGUGAAAGAUGAAGCUUACAUUUUCAAAGGAGAAUAUUUUGCACGUAUAAAUUUUGCACCAAACAAAACUGAUGGUGAUUUUAUUGUGGGUGGUAGAAUAAAGUUAACUAAUGAUGUUUGGCCUGCUCUUUAUGACAUAUUACAUUACUAUCCCUAA